AUCGAGAGUGGGCGGGCACUUUGUUGUUGUGGUUGACAGUUCACUUCCUGCUUUACUGCGUGAAAUCAAUAAACUGCAGCAGUGGAUACUGAAGUAGGAAGAGAGAAGAAACCGAAGAGUUUAAAGCAAAUUUCCACGCUGGACUGAAUCUGCUCCACAAGAGGUGGACCGAACAUGGUGCACGUCUACAACUGCCAUCCUUUCUCCUCACAGCAGAUAGUCCAGGUGGAGCAGGAGCCUGGGCUGGUCUGCUGUGGAGGUGGAGCACUGUUUGUGGUGGCGACUGGAGGAUGCAAGGUGGAGGCCUACAGUGUGGAGCGGGAGGGCUGCCCUCUCAUCUGUCGCUUUGCUACCAUGGGCACUGUGAAGAGCAUCCAGCACAGCAAGAUAGGAGAUUACCUGGUGACCAUUGAGGAAAAGAACAGUGCCACUUACCUGAGGGCUUACACCAACUGGCGCUACCAGGCGGAGGACAAGGCCCGUGUCGGGGUGCGUUUGUUGGGCCACCUGCUGCGGGGGGCAUCUGUGCGGGGUGGAGUGCAGAUGGAGAUCAUUGAGAUCCCUCUGUCAGAGCGUCCUGUUGCUGUGGCCUGCUGCUCUGUAACAGGGGACCUUCUGGUCGGCUGUGAAAACACUCUGGUUCUGUUUACUUUGAGGAGACAAAAUCAGCAAACACUGCAGAAUCAGAGUCAGCAGAUCCUUCAGAGCACCUGGCCGAACACCCAGCAGAGCUCCAGUCAGAGUCAAGGUCAGACAUCAACAUCCAACCAGAACGUUUCCAUCCUGGAUUUUGAACGCUCCGUUAUCCUGCAUCUACCAAAAAUCAAGGCUAAACGGGUGGCGCUGUGUGGAGGAUAUGUGGCAGUGCAGGCAGAGCUGGAGGUGCUAGUACUGAAACUGGACGCAUCGUCUGAACCUAAAACCCAGGAAGAGUGCUCUGAAACAACUAGAGCAGAUCAUCUAGAGGACCAGGCUGACUUCCUGCUCCUCCCAAGACACCAGGAGUUGCUCGGUGAUCGAGCCAAAGAUUGUGAUAUCCCUGUCAGCAUUGAAAAGACUGGACUGGAGGACAGAGGACAGUACACUCUGUCGUAUGUUCUCUUCAGGCGCUUUACUCCAGACUUCUUCCAGGGCUGCAGUGUAGAGGAGACUCAACUUCACUCUCUACAGCUCUGCCCGCUGUUCACCAGUAAGCAGUCAGUGUCUCAGGAGGAACCAGCAUGUGUGUUCUGCUUCUUCUCUCUACCCACGGCCGGUUACCUGUACAGUCUGAAGGGUGGCGUUGAGCUUCUCUCAGCCUAUCAGUACCCAGAGAAGGUCCUGGAGGCGGUGCUAGCAGACCACCUGCUGCACGUCAUAACCAAGAGUGCAUUGCAGUGUUUCACAGUGCGCUGUGCAGCAUUAGCAGCCAGGAUCGAAGACCCCUACAUAGACACCACCAUGAAGGCUUGUCCACCCUGCAGCCUGGAGGUGUGUGCGCUCAGGAUGCAGCUGUUUAUAGGUCUGCGGUCAGUGUGUGUCCACGGUUGCCAUGUCAUCCUGCUGUCCACCGCUGACACAGAGACACCAGAGGAGAGCGAGCGUGCCACACAUCGCAGAGGCCUGAGCAGGAAGUGGACAAUCUCGUCUCCCAAAGAAACCAGAACAGUGGGACACGGAUGGAACAUCUACGUGGUCGACACCGUCUCCCCCCUCACUCUUUACCAAGAGAUGGUUGAGUACAGUCAGAAGUAUGCAGAGACUAACCCACAGGCCCAAAGCCUGCGGCACCUCCUCAGCGAAGCUCACCUCCUCCUCCGAGCCUCCUUACUUCAAACAGGGCAGCGGCAAAACACUGAAGGAGAGCCCGUGUUGUCUCCAGAGACGGACACAGGCGGACCAUCUGAGAAGCAGACAGACAGGGAAGAACUGGAGGAGGCGUUGAGGCAGAACUGUGCACAGCUGGGAGACUGUUUCAGCAGGGGGAGUCAGAAGGACUGCCACCUGGCUCUGCCAUACUACAGGAUGUCUGCUCUGUCGGUCACAGAGGUGAUUGCCAGGAACCGCCCACUACCCAGCAGCCCUCACUCAUACGGCCCCGGCUUCCUGUUUUACCUGAAGCAUUACCUGUUAGAAGAAGCAGAGCAGAGCCUCAGUCAGGAAGAAGCUGAUGAGGUCAUAGACAUUUUCAGCCAAUCAGAGCCCUCGCAGCUGGUCAGUGUGUGUGCUAGUCCGCCCAUGGUAAACAUCAGUCCUGAGCGGACGCUGCAGAUCUUACGGCGCCUGGAGGACACAGCCGGCGUGUCCGUCCCGCUGACAAUCACCAUGGCGACCAUGAUGCUGCUUAUGGACGACGUGCCGCAGUACACACAGCUGAUGGAAAGACACGCAGAGAUGCUGCUGGUGUACGGGUUCAUCGAGGAGCCGCGGCUGCUGCUACACGGUGGAGGUGGAGGCCAGCACACACGCGUCUGCCCCACAGUGUUGACUCGCCAGUUGGCAAAGUCCCAGCCGGGGCUGCUGGUGGCUGGCAUGGUAGCUCUACAUGAGAACAACAAGAUUCAGCUGGAACAGGCUGAUCACAUAUUCAAGGAGCUAGGCUGUGAGAAUUGCUUGCAGGUGGAUUUCUGGGAGGCGAUGCUCAUGGCCUCCUCACAGGACGCCGUCAUUCAGGAACUGCUGUUCAGACUGUCUUCUGUCUACAUCGACCGGCUGACAAACACAUCCUCUAAUACACACUCAGACCAUCUGAACACACGUUCAAGACGCAAGUCGCUGAAGAGCGCCGACGAUCUGAUCAACUCGUGCUCCCACUACGGCGCUCUGUACCCCUGGCUCACGGUUCUUAGUCCAGCUCACACUACCAGCUCCCAGCACCAGGAGGCACUAUACAAACUGCAGUCUCUCCUGUGUGGUCCAUCACUGUCUGUGGGCUCCGUCGGGCCUCUGAUGGAGCGUCUGUCAGAGGAACCCUUAUGGGGCUUCAGCCUGCACCUCCUCUGUGCCACCAGAAGGGGGCAGUAUGACAGGAGCAUCGAAAAGCUGCUGGACCGAUGUCCUCAGGCCAUCAUAGCCUACGCCAAUCACCAGCUGCAAGACAGAAAUAUGGUGCUGUGGUGGCAGAAGCUGCUCCCUGAGCUCUGCAACAGAACGAGAGCCGCUGCAGACAAUGGCAUCCUAUUGGCUGCUCUCAAAGAGACGCUGGUUGUGGUUGCCAUGGAGAUGAGCCCCGCAGAGUUCCUGGAGCUGAUACCUGACGACGGCACAGCCUCGUACUUUCUGCCCCACCUGUUGACAUGCAGUCAGAAACACCUGCUGGCCUGACACGCAUGACUGGAUGUCUGUUUGACAUUGAUUUGAGUAAACUGAGGCACAGGGACAACUUCAGUCUGUCCUCGGUGCACCGGAGCAGUCAUGGGCUCAGUGAUUUGCUCAAAAGACCCUCAACAGUGGCGUUGGAUCAUCCUUAAACUGUGUCUAAAAGAUGGUUAGCUGUGAUUCAACAUAAUGCUGUGACCAGCACUUUGUUUGUCCUCUGGGACUACGUUCUCAGCAUUAACAGUCUGGCAUGUGGGAUCUAGUGAGGUCUGGAACACCCCUCGUCUCACCCUGCUGCAUAGUGGCAACCUGAAAACUGAAAGUCCCUCUCUGGAGCCAGUGUUUGGUUUGUUUGUCGGGCAACUGUAGAAACAUGGUGGUGCAUAACAGGACCCGCUCCCUCUGUAGAUAUACCAUCAACACCAGGCUAUAAACACUUGAACAAUCUGCAAGCUGUAGAGUUAGAGUUAGAAUAGUUUCUAACUAAAGCUGAUCUUUAAAGAUGGACUAGUGAGUUGAUGAGUCUCUGUUUAAUGCCCCAGAUAACCUGUGUAGUCUGAUUUAACCACUUAUUGGCAGCCUCCUUUUUGGUAGACACAGAAACGCUUUUGAAUUUAGACAUGGGGCAUUUACAUUUUUUAUAUUGUAGAACGAAAUGUGAAAAUAUCCCAUAUAAAUAUCAAAUAUGGGAUUGUGUUGAUCAUAGACCUUAAUUCAGCCAUUUACCCCCCCAAAAGAAAAAACCCAUAUAAAAAACAUAUUGACUUCAGGCAGGGGAACCAGAAGUGCAAAAAUGCUAAACUUAUUUCAGUGUUUUAGGACUCACUCCUCCAGCACGACAAGUCCUAAAUCCUUUGCAUUUAAGCAAUUAAAUUGAACAUUUAAUCAUUCUGCUGGAGUAUCUGUUUUUCUUUACAUCAUUGACAAAGUUGAAAAGAAAAGAAUAUGCAGGAAACACAAGAACAAACUACAGUAUAAACAGCAGCAUUUUUCUGAUUCAGCAGAUCUGUUCUGUAUGACCUGCUGUAUGUCAUGCAGAGCAGAUAUAAAUCUAAAAAGUGCUUUUAGGUUCCUCUGCAGGUUAUGUUCCUGUUUCUGCAAUGUGUGAUGUAACAUGUUGUCAUUGCAGUGUUUCAAAAUACACUUGUACCUCCUGCUUUCACCGCUGCAGAGAGACAUUUCUAAAUAUUUUAUGUAUAUACUUUAGGUUAGGUGAUAAAGUAAAAGCUCAUAUGUCUAGGUCUUAUAAAAAUGUAUAUUUAUGUAUUAAGGGUGAUGUAAUCCUUAAUCCUGACAGUUAAAGCGCUGAAGAGCUGCAGGGUCCAUCACCAGAUUUCAGUCCACAGCACUUUUGAUUUGGAAGAAUUUGGAAGAAUAAAAGCCUUUAUGAGUUUCAUGAUUUGUCCUGUAA